GCGCCCAGUAGAGGCUAUAAAAACUGCGUUUUUCUACUUUCGUCUGUCCUUUCGAACUGUACAGAUACAGGCCUUUUGCCAUGUCUGGGCGUGGUAAGCAGGGAGGCAAAGCUCGCGCCAAGGCCAAGACCCGCUCUUCUCGGGCCGGGCUUCAGUUUCCCGUGGGCCGAGUGCACCGCCUGCUCCGCAAGGGCAACUAUGCCGAGCGGGUCGGGGCUGGGGCACCCGUGUACCUGGCUGCGGUGCUGGAGUACCUGACCGCCGAGAUCCUGGAGCUGGCUGGCAACGCGGCCCGCGACAACAAGAAGACUCGCAUCAUCCCGCGUCACCUCCAGCUGGCCAUCCGCAACGACGAGGAGCUCAACAAACUGCUGGGCAAAGUCACCAUCGCACAGGGUGGUGUUCUGCCCAACAUCCAGGCCGUGCUGCUGCCAAAGAAGACCGAGAGCCACCACAAGGCGAAGGGCAAGUAGAACGCUGGAUUAGUUUGCAGCAACUCAAUCCCAACGGAACCAAAGGCUCUUUUCAGAGCCACCUACAAUUUUGUGGAAGAACUGAGCACUACUUUUAAUAUGAUUUCUCGUCUUCGCCUACUAGUAAACCACUCCAAAGGUUAACGUACAUCAGU